UGAAAGAGGAGCAACAGAGCAUAAAGAAUGAACAGAGGUGUUGCUGGAAGAAUAGACAGCUGAGUUGUUGGAAGCUGGUUACUGCCAUAUUCACAAUGAUCUUUUACUCCCAUUUCCAAACAUUAGAAUCGAAAGACGUUCAUAACAUCUUUAUUCAUUUUAGCGCCUGGCAAUACUCUGGAACUGAUUACGUCUGGGCGGGCCUCGUUACCACCUUAUGUGACGACAUCGAGAAAUAUUUUGGUCAAGUCCCUAUGAGUGUCUACCGGAUCAUGGAACCGAACAAAGGCAAGAAUUGGAGCUGCAGGAAGUACUUCUAUGUACCCUUAUUUGUUGCAAUCCUUCUGAUUUGCGGAGUGGUUGCUGGACUUGUCACCGCCAUCUGCCUUUACGGCGUCCCACUUGGCACCUUUAUUGGAAACAUCAUCGUGUUGAGUGAGGUUAUCAUCGGCUCAGUGCUUAUAGCCCCAGUAUAUUCAACAGUCAAGAAGGUCUGCUUUUUGGUUUGGGAUGCAAUAUUCACCCAAAAGACCCAACUGGUGAUGAAGAUGAACCGGACGGAUGUCAGCGCCCAGCUGGGCUUUAUGGGCAAAGUCAAGAAGGAAGUCAAGACCAUCAUCAGUUAUCUCCAGUUCAUGGAGACCAUCCAGAAGAAGAGGUUCAGAGUAGUUCUGAAGAUCACCAGCUUGGACCAAUGUACCCCUGAUAAAGUGAUGAGCGUCCUUGAGGCGAUGAACCUCCUCCUCUCCGGCUCCGAUUCCCCAUUCAUCUCCAUCUUGGUGGCCGACCUGAAUGUGAUCAUGGAAUGUGUGGAGAGCAAAAGCUACACGGCCAGCAACGGCUACAUGGUCCUCAGCCGCAUGAUCAACCUGCCCUUUUCCAUCCCUAAGAUAUAUUACUACAACAAAAUUAAGCUCGGGAAAAAUGUGAAGCAUGCGAAAGAGCAGAACUGGCCUAAGGCCCUUAAUGAGCCAGAGCUAUGCGGUUGCUUUAAAUCUGCUGAUCAGAAGCUGUGUGGCACAUGCGGAGAUGACAGCCAGGUGCCUUUGGUGGUCAUCCCUCCUACUACGAAGGAAGAAGAAGAAAAGUUGAUCCGCAACGCCAUUGACUACCUGGGUGAAAACAUGAUGGAGUACGUGAUCAGCAACAAGUGGCAAAGGCUCACCUACACCAUUGUGGUCAUGGCCAGGUUCAUGGUGAAGACGUUUUAUCCACACAAGUUUAAUCCGCAAAAGGUGGCAUCCUGGGUGGUCCUUGCCAACCAGUGGCCCUGCCGACUAAGCUGGAUCUUGCAGUGCAUUGAGGACGACAAGCAAAUGGGAGCUUUCUCUGAGGAGCAAGAAAGGAAAGAUACUACACUGUUGAAGGUGUAUGAGGUGUACAUGGAAGAAUUUGAUUUUUUAAAAGACAAACUGAAGAAGCAGUUGGAGCUGGAUGGGGACCCGGAGGUUUUCCAGAACUUCCUUAAAAAAGAGUUUGAGGAGAAAAACUCCAAAUCUUCCACGUUCCUGGUGGAGGAUGUCGAAUUCUUCCUGCCCUGCACAGUCAAUCUGGAUUCUUCCUUGAAGAGGCGCAUGGAGCUCGAGCGAGGCAACCGCAACCUUAAUUGGACCAAGGACACUGAAGGGCUUUCUAAAAGCAAACUCUUGGAGAUGUCAGAAGAGGACAUCUGUGAGAAGAUGGAUGAGCUUCAUCUGAAAAAUGCCCAGCAGUACAAAGACCGGUUGAGAAAGCAUCACUUGAAUGGUCGGGCACUGGUGUACAGCAAACAAAAGGAUAUCAAGAAGGUCCUUAACAUGAGCCUUGGGGAUUGGGUGGCCUUCCGCGUGCAUUUUCUUAAGCGGGUCCCCGCAGAGGGUUCACACCAUUCCAUAUUCCCAUUCUAUUACUUUGCUAAUGAAAAACGGGUUGACUUGCAGACGAGCCCACCUCUUAAGGAAGAAGGUGGUCCUUCUCCAAGCAAACUAUCCAACAAUAAGACUUUCGAAAGCUGAGUCCCCUCCACAUAAACUGGACGAUUCCAGUCGCCCAAAACAAAUUGUGGGGGAACUAGCAUCUGAUAUAGAUCAGAACAGUUCAAGAAAUGUAAUGAAAUAAGAACUUUAACAGAUCAAGGUCAGGGAUUGUCUGUCCCCAGAUGAUUAAAGAAGAACUCCUGGACUGGGUUGUUGUAGGUUUUUUCGGGCUAUAUGGCCAUGGUCUAGAGGCAUUCUCUCCUGACGUUUCGCCUGCAUCUAUGGCAAGCAUCCUCAGAGGUAGUGAGGUCUGUUGGAACUAGAAAAAUCUAAUUACCUCUCAACAUCUAAUUACCUCUCAACAAAAGUUUGCCCCAGGCACAGUCAGGCCAUUGUAUGCUAAUCAAGGUGGUCAGUUGAAACAUUCACACCUAACCCCAGCAGAGAAGAGUCCUUUGUCUCAACCUGGUCAUUCCACAGAUAUAUAAACCCUUUUUCCUAGUUCCAACAGACCUCACUACCUCUGAGAAUGUUUGCCAUAGAUGCAGGCGAAACGUCAGGAGAGAAUGCCUCUAGACCAUGGCCAUAUAGCCCAAAAAAACCUACAACAACCCAGUGAUUCCGGCCAUGAAAGCCUUCGACAACUCCUGGACUGCUUAUCUACCCCUAUUUUAAGUAUCCGAAGGCCCCAGAUUGCUUGUCUCCAUAUUGUUUGCAUAAAACAGUGUUAUAAUUGGUGGGUUAGUCAAUUAGCACUUCUCUCAAUUCAUUAGUUGGAGUGCAAGUGAGGUCUAAUUUAGGCUAGGAACAUGGCUACGGAGGGUCCAUACCUGGCGAGCAUCUACGCUAAAGCCCGAAGUUCCGAAUUGAAGAACACAGUCAUCUCUCAGUUCAAUUGGGGCAAUCAGUUGAGUGAGUUUCAGCCGGCGAUAUAAGAUCUAGAGCGGAAACCGCCUGAUGAUCUGUAUAUGUACACAAUGGACUUUGAU